UCUCCCGCCCCUGCAACCCGGAAGACCUCCUUUCCCUCCCUGCUCCCUGGGGACCUCCUCUCUGCUGCUCACUGCUCCCCUGACCCGACCCUAGAGCUCCCCUACCUUCUUGACCCCCAGACUUGUCCUUCAGCUUCCAAACCCCUUGCAUGACCUCAGCCCUGGGUUUUUAGGGUUUUGUGGUCCCCAGUUUGUAAUCCCAUCCUUUCACCCCAGAUUUCUCCCUUAGGUUCCAUAGUCCCCUUUUCUGGUCCAGAGAGCAGCUGAGGACAUCAGUUCCCCCCCACCUUGGGCCUCCCCUUCUGUCCCCAGAGACCUCUGAAGCUCCACAGGCCAACUCUGCACAUCUGUUAUGCAGAAGCGCGUGUGAAGGGGUGGAGACUGGCUCCUGAGGGUGCAGAGUGGGUGGGGGCAGCCUCGGAGCCUGGUGCAGUCCGUGUCUGGCCCACUCCGUGGGGCCCAGACCCUCCUGACAUCUGCCUGUGUCCCUUCUGGCUGCAGCUGCCUCACUGUCUCUCCUGUACUCAUCUAUCUCUGUGGCUUGGCACUCUUGCUAGGCUUCUGUCUCUGUGGUCUACCUCUAACCCUGUACUUCCCUCUCUGGUUCUGUGACUGCCGCCAGCUGUCUGUGUCCUUCUGUCUCCUCCACCUCCAUGUCUGGCCCAGCCUCUGGUCUUAAGUUUCUUUGAGAGCUGAGAGAUUCCUGCUGGGGCCCAAGUCUUUCCCCUUGCAGCAUCUGUCCCUUGGGAGACAGGCCUGUGUCACUCCACUCUCCUCUCUGGAAUGUUCUCCCUGCCUGACCCCCGUUCCCAGUAAUGCUCCCUCCCUACUCUCUUCUUGACUGGCCCGGUAGGGCUGGCAGAUGUACAGAAGAGGCUCACAUAGACCCCUCCCUAAGCUGGGAGUUCCUUCCUCCACUGCCCCUCACUCCCACCCCAGGGUUCACCCCAGCCUGGCCCUCCUUGACCUCUGGGUCUUUCUCCUUUUCUCAAGGUCACUCACUUGACAGUACAGGAUUAUAAAAACAACAGUGGACUGGGAAUCCUUUGACUGCUUUUGUCAAACUCAGUUCUGUGACUAGUCACUUAUGUCCCCUCCACACCUGUCCCCCUGAACUCUAACCACCCAUCCAUUAGGUCUGGCUCUGGCCCAAGCUCAUCGGUUCUAGCCUUGGACCCCUCAGGCUGGCCUAUGGCCCACAGGGGCUUGCACCCUGGACACAAGGAGCCUGAGGGUGCUCAAACCACUCAGGAACUGACAGCCAUGUGGUCAACCGCAGUUGAGACCUUGCUCUCCCCCAACUCCCACAAAGCAUGACCUUCCCCAGGCUUCCCUUUCUCACUUAUGAGACAGUUGGGUGGGCUCACCACAGAGGAUGCUCAAGCUCUGGUGCCUGCCUGCCCCACAGACAGCCCCUCAGCCCCAGUGAACGUCACCGUCAGGCACCUCAAGGCCAACUCUGCAGUGGUCAGCUGGGAUGUCCUAGAAGAUGAGGUUGUCAUUGGAUUUGCCAUCUCUCAGCAGAAGAAGGACGUGAGGAUGCUGCGCUUCAUCCAGGAAGUGAACACCACCACCCGCUCAUGCGCCCUCUGGGACCUGGAGGAGGACACGGAGUACAUCGUUCAUGUGCAGGCCAUCUCCAUUCAGGGACAGAGCCCAGCUAGUGAGCCGGUGCUCUUCAAGACCCCACGCGAGGCCGAGAAAAUGGGCUCCAAAAACAAAGAUGAGGUGACCAUGAAGGAGAUGGGGAGGAACCAACAGCUGCGGACAGGUGAGGUGCUGAUCAUCGUUGUGGUCCUGUUCAUGUGGGCAGGUGUCAUUGCCCUCUUCUGCCGCCAGUAUGACAUUAUUAAGGACAACGAGCCCAAUAACAACAAGGAGAAAACUAAGAGUGCAUCUGAAACCAGCACUCCUGAGCACCAGGGCGGGGGGCUCCUCCGCAGCAAGAUAUGACAUCCUUUCAGUGCUUGCUCUGAGCAGCUCAGAAGAAAGACAGUACAGAAUGAGAGGAUCUCAUGAUUCUGACGAUGAUUCUCCAACAAACAUCUGGCCCUCUCUGCAUCUUCUCUUUCCAUCUUAUACCCUCUGGCUUACUGUCCUCUCUCUUGGCUUCUCUCUUUCUGGCACCUUUUCCUGAAGCCUCUUAUUAACCCCUACUUCCAGAAGCACCUCAAUGCCAGUGGCUGAGGCUGUGCCCGCAGGCAGAUGUGCAGGAUAUAAGCAAACCAGUGAGAGAAGUGACUGCCGGUGGUAGAGUGGGUGCCAGGGCUCUGAGCCCAGGACUGUUUUGGCCAUUCAGCUGAGUGAGGCCGAAGGCUGAGUUGGAAAAGGCAGACAGACAAGACCUCCAGGCAGGGCUGCUUUUCUUUCCACAAGGGACAAGAGCCUGGCUUUUAGGCUGCAGCCCUCCUGGCUCCUUUCUUCCUUCUGUGCUGUUUCCCACUUUCCAAGAAGCCUAUUCAUUUAGCUUUGGCCACUUCUCUCGUUUCUUUCCUCCCAGUUUCCAAACAAGCUCUCAGUGAACAUCAUCGAAGCGUGACUGCCUGUCUGAAGGGAGGAGGAUUUCAUUUUUCUUCUCUGCUGGUCCCCAGGUCCUGGGCACAGGGAGAGGGUCAACUGCAGCAGGGGAGGAGGCACAGCUAGCUGGAGUUCUCCUUCUUCCGUCUGUCUUAGU